GUCUUUUGGAUUUAUAUGUUUUCAAAAAGCUUUUUUUCGUUUUUAUUUGCGACGAUUAAAAUAUUGGCAAGUUUUUGUUUAUUAAUUAUAUUAUACAGUACAAUUUAGAGUAUCAGCAUUGCUGUUGAAUGCAUAGAUGAGGAUUUAUACAUAUGAUAAAUACGCCGCGUCAGUAUCUGCAUGCUAACAUACAGACAUAUCUGUACUGUACCGGUAUGUGUUCAUGGUGCGAAUUCCAAAAUAUGCCUUUCAUACUAUAAGUUUAGUUGUGCUUUACUAAUGUCACAUUUUACUUUACAGUCUAUGUUUUCACUUAUAAAUCAGUUGAAGGUCAUUAACUUCAGAACUUGGUAUCAAAUUAAGAGGAAUUCAUUAAAUAUGGCUGAUCGGAAGUCUGGAAGAAUGAUAUGGGUUGACUUAGAAAUGACUGGUUUAGAUGUGGAUAAAGAUAAGAUCAUUGAAAUAGCUUGCAUUGUCACAGAUGCUCAUUUGAAAAUCAUCGCAGAAGGUCCUAAUUUAAUAAUACAUGAAAGUGAGGAAUUGUUAUCUGGCAUGGAUGAAUGGUGUCAACAACACCAUGGAGCUUCUGGUCUGACGGAAGCCGUACGCAAAAGUAAAAUUUCUACAAAAGAUGCUGAAGACGAAGUGCUGCAAUUUGUGAAGAAAUAUACUUCUCCCAAAGUGUGCCCUCUCGCUGGAAAUUCUGUACAUGCUGAUAAAAAGUUUUUAGAUAAAUAUAUGCCUAUGUUUUCAAAUCAUUUGCAUUAUAGAAUAAUUGAUGUUAGUACUGUAAAAGAAUUAUGUAAACGUUGGUAUCCAGGCAUCUAUAAUAAAGCACCAACAAAACAAGGAUCCCAUAGGGCCAUGGGUGAUAUUAUGGAGAGUAUAAAGGAGCUCAAGUAUUAUAAGGACAAUAUGUUCAUCCAAACUUGAUUUUCAAUGUGCUCCAGACUAUUUUACAACAUCUUUUUCGUAGUAUUUGUUUUCCUAUCAUGAAUAUGAUACCUCAUAUAUCAGUUUUGGUACAUUGUUGUUAUACAAUUUUUAUAAUCUCACAAUUCAUAUUCUGUAAUAAUGAUUAGGACCAUGUAUCAAGUUGUAUUGUGUGCUAGAAUGUUUCUGAAACCUAAUUUCAGCAAGUUGCAAUUAGAACUAUUCUAAGUUAAUACUAAGUACUAAUAUUAAAUAUGAACGGAUGAAAUAUUGUAUCUCCACUUUUUAUUCAUGUUUAUAUCGAUUUUCACCAAUCACAAAAAUAGCAGUCUGGCUAAAAUCUUCAAUACAUUUUGCAGUUGGAAUUUGUACUUGUGUGGCUAAAAUCUCAGUAGGAGUGAAUAAUAAUUUUAUUACAUGUUUAGUAUCUCACUUCAUCUUAGCAUCAGUGUGGUGAAUUAUUUUGUUUACCAUAUUUUAAAAAAGUUUGUCAGAUAUUGGCAUAAAUUUUUCGUUUAUGUUGAUAGGCUGUAAAGUCUGGUUGAUUACAGUUAUUUAUGUUCAAAUCUUAAAUUUGGUUUUGAAUGAUUUUAACAAAUAGAUUUAUUUUGA